GAACGAACGCGCCAUCUUAAUAAAGUGGCUCCCUCAACAUAAGCCAGAUUCUUUCCUUCUGUUGUAACUCGCGUGGGGGAUUCGCGAUGGGUGCAUAUAAGUAUAUGCAAGAGCUCUAUCGCAAAAAGCAGAGCGAUGUGCUCCGCUUCUUGUUGCGUGUCAGAUGUUGGCAGUACCGCCAGUUGACCAAGAUGCAUCGUGCUCCUAGACCAUCGAGACCAGACAAGGCCCGUCGUUUGGGUUACAAAGCCAAGCAAGGUUUUGUUAUCUUCAGAAUCCGUGUACGUCGCGGUGGACGCAAGCGUCCAGUUCCUAAGGGUGCGACUUAUGGCAAGCCCAAGAGCCAUGGUGUCAAUCAGUUGAAACCAACCAGGAAACUACAGUCAGUUGCUGAGGAACGCGUUGGCCGCCGUUGUGGUGGCUUGCGAGUGCUGAACAGUUACUGGGUAGCCCAAGACUCUUCGUACAAAUACUAUGAAGUUAUUCUGAUCGAUCCUGCUCACAAGGCAAUUCGUAAUGAUCCUAAGGUAAAUUGGGUAUGCAAUGCGGUGCAUAAGCACCGUGAGCUCCGUGGUAAGACUUCCGCCGGUAGAAGUUCUCGUGGAUUAGGCAAAGGACAUCGCUAUUCGCAAACGAUCGGUGGUUCGCGUCGUGCGGCCUGGAAGAGACGAAACACACUGUCUCUCCGCAGAAAGCGAUAAUUAUUUUGUUUGUGACCUCCACUAUGCAAGAUACAUCAUUUUAUUGCUUACUUGGU